AUGACCAUUGCCAUGUUCUUCCCUGAUUUUGAACUCGGGUUGCUGGCUGAGUAUCAAGAUGAAUCUCUUUCCUCUUUCCGUGUCCAUGCGAUAUAUCUUGCUGUGAGAGACGGAUUUAUAUUCCAUAUGGAAAAAGUAGCGGACAAAGAAAAUUCUAGGUUGGCAGGCAAUGUUUCAGACUCUGAAGCUUAUAAGAACAGUCAACCAUCACCGGUUUUAACUGUUUCCUCUAAUUUUGAGCACACACUUGCAGAGACACAUGUAGGUGCAAUUGCUAUGAGACUGCUUUGCUUGCCAAGGAGAUCACGCAGCACAUCCCCCUCUUUCCUACCCACAUCCAGUUCGAUAGUCUUCCGUCCAGAUGCUAUCUUUGGAUUGCUAAGAAAGGCGUAUAAAGAUUCUCAUCUGGGAGCUGUUUGUAGAUUGGCUUCUAGAAUUCUGCUGAAGCUCAUAGAGCCCAUAACAGUGCAAAAACCAUAUAUCCCUUCUCCCGAUGUCACAUCUUCUGUUUCUGAGGAGGCAUCACGGUCUGAGCCAUCUAACAAUUUUCUUGUAGUUGAUUACUCAAACUUGUUUGGAGAUGAAUUCCGGAUAGCAGAUGAUCAUUGGGACUCCAAGUAUCUUAACCUAUUAGAUGUUGGAGCUGUGGAAGAAGGGGUUUUGCAUGUUCUUUAUGCAUGUGCAUCACAGCCUCUGCUCUGCAGCAAGUUGGCGGAUAGCACUUCUGACUUUUGGUCGGCAUUACCACUUGUCCAAGCAUUACUGCCAGUUUUCUCUCGAUGGAGACAACCAUUUGUACAAGAGGCCCUAUCUCAGAUUGUGGCAACAUCAUGUUCCUCUGUUUAUCACCCACUUCUUCAUGCUUGCGCGGGCUACUUAUCGUCAUUUUCUCCAUCUCAUGCUAAGGCUGCAUGUGUCCUCAUUGAUCUGUGCUCUGGUGUGCUAGCACCAUGGAUGGCUCAAGUGAUUGCCAAGGUGGACUUGACAGUGGAGCUUCUGGAGGACCUUUUAGGUGUAAUCCAGGAUGCUCGUCAUUCGUUGGCUCGUGCACGUGCUGCCCUCAAAUAUAUUGUGCUAGCUUUAUCUGGGCAUAUGGAUGAUGUAAUGACAAAAUAUAAGGAUGUUAAGCACCGACUUCUUUUUCUUGUGGAGAUGCUUGAACCUUUUAUUGAUCCUGCCAUAACCCGCAUGCAGAGCAUGAUAGCCUUUGGAAAUGUAUCUUCAGUUUUUCUUGAAAAGCAGGAACACAUUUGUACUAUUGCACUCAACGUGAUUCGCAUGGCAGUAAAAAAAUCUGCUGUUCUUCCAUCUUUGGAAGCUGAAUGGAGAAAUGGAUCAGUUGCUCCUAGUGUACUGCUGUCAAUUUUGGAUCCUCAAAUGCAGUUACCUCCUGAUAUAGAUCUUUGCAAGAUUUCUGGUUCUGAGCCUCUGGAUCCACAACUAUCGACUGUUUCACCUUUUUCUUCUGUAAUUCGAUAUGGAGGAGCCUCUUCAAAAUCUAAGAUCCAAGAUGAUGCUGAUGGAAAAACAGAUAAUAGCACUGCCAAGAUGGAUAGUGCUGACGAUGUAAGUUAUCUUUUUGCUCCGCCAGAACUAAGAAGCUUGACACUUACAAAUUUUUCUGGAAGCCCAGAUGUAAAAAGCUAUGAUAUGGGCCAUUGCAAUGCCAGCACAGAAGAAAACCAUGUGGAUGAGAAAAAAAUGACCAACCAGUUUCACAACUUUGUGGUACCGGAUGCUGGGUAUGCUGUUGAAUAUUCUAAGUUGCAUGCAGAUCUUUUGCAGCUUAUGAAUUACAGAGAUAGUGAGUUGAGGGCUUCUGAAUUUAGGCGUUUGGCUUUAGAGCUGCACUCGCAGAACGAGAUUACUCCCGAUGGUCAUGAUGCAGCCAUUGAUGCCUUGCUUUUGGCGGCUGAGUGCUAUAUUAAUCCCUUCUUUAUUAUGUCUUUCAAAAACACCCCAAAGGUUAUCAAUAAUAAGAACAUUUGCAGGACCGAUGAAAAAUUUGGGUUUGCAGAUCUCAAAAAAGUUUUGGAAAAGAAUGGUAAUGAAAUGGAAGCAGUAGCUCAUCUCGAGAGGAGAAGGGACAAUGUUGUUCUUCAAAUUCUUCUUGAGGCUGCUGAAUUAGACAGGAAGUAUCGCAAAACAGUGUCAGAUGGGCAACUUUCUGUCCCAUAUGCUGAAGGAAAUGAAGGUGUCCAAAAUAUAUCUCUGCAUGAUAUCCAAUCUGCAGAUGCCAUCACCUUGGUUCGACAGAAUCAGGCAUUGUUGUGCAAUUUUCUGAUCCAGCAUUUGCAAAGGGAGCAACACUCCAUGCAUGAAAUUCUCAUGCAAAGUCUUUUGUUUUUGUUGCAAUCAGCAACUAAACUGUUCUGUGCCCCUGAACAUGUAGUUGAUAUCAUAUUAGAAUCUGCUGAGUACUUCAGUGAGCUACUGACAUCAUUGUAUUAUCAGUCCAAAGAAGGAAAUUUGCAGAUUAAUCCAGGUAAGUUACAUGAGAUACAACGUCGCUGGAUGCUGCUUCAGAGAUUGGUAAUUGCUUCAAGUGGUGGUGGCGAAGGCCCAGAACUUGGAAUCGAUAACAAAUAUGGUUUUCAGUUUGCAAAUCUGAUUCCUCCUUCUGCCUGGAUGCAAAAGAUACCUUCUUUCUCUUCUUCUGCUUCCCCUCUGGUUCGUUUUCUAGGUUGGAUGGCAGUAGCUCGUAAUGCUAAACAGUAUCAGAAGGAGCGCCUCUUCCUUGCUUCAGAUUUGUUAGAGCUGACGUACUUACUAUCUAUUUUUGCAGAUGAACUUGCUCUUGUAGAUAACAUUACUAAACAGAAAGAUGAGAACAAGAAGAUAGAGCAAUCAGGAUUCAAACAAGAUUUUAGCACCGAAAAAGGAUUUGAACAUCCUGGUCAACAAUAUGGAGACCAAUCUUUUCGUGCCAUAUACCCAGAUAUUAGUCAGUUCUUUCCCAAUAUGAAGAAACAAUUUGAAGCUUUUGGGGAAAUUAUUUUGGAGGCGGUGGGAUUGCAAUUGAGGUCUCUUUCUUCUAAUGUUCUGCCUGAUCUCCUGUGUUGGUUUUCUGAUUUAUGUUCAUGGCCAUUUGUUCGGAAAGAGAAGGUCCAACUUUCUACUCAAAAUAAUUCUAAUUAUUUUAGAGGUUUUGUUGCAAAAAAUGCGAAAGCAAUCAUCCUGUACGUUCUUGAAGCCAUUGUAAUUGAGCACAUGGAAGCAAUGGUGCCUGAAAUACCUAGAGUGGUACAAGUGCUGGUAUCCCUAUCUACAACCUCAUACUGUGAUGUGUCAUUUCUGGACUCUGUAUUGCAGUUGUUAAAGCCAAUCAUCUCAUUUUCUUUGCGUAAGGUGUCUGGUGAGGAAAACCUAUUGACUGAUGAUUCAUGUCUUAAUUUUGAGUCACUAUGCUUUGAUGAGCUUUUUAGAAAUAUUAGACAAUGUACUGGGAAUGGAGGUAAUCCAGCAGAAAAAGUAUACAACAGGGCACUUACAAUUUUCAUUUUGGCCUCUGUUUUUCCUGAUCUAUCCUUCCAUCGCAAAAGGGAAAUUUUACAGGCCUUGAUCUUCUGGGCUGAUUUUGCCACUUUCGAGCCAACUACUACUUUUUAUGACUAUCUUUCCGCAUUUCAGUCUGUUACAGAAACUUGCAAAGUUUUGCUGGUUGAGACUUUAAGAGUUUGGGGUGCCAUUCCAUUAAAGUUGCCAUCCUAUUCAGAUUCGUGCACUGGUACACCCUAUAAUGAUAGCUCUGAAUCACAUUUGUGGUUUCUCCAUGACGUCUGCCAGAGUGCUUAUCCAACCGAGGCAUCUGAGAAACUGAAAAGUGAGAAUGGUUUUGAUGUUGUCUUGGAUCAAAAGGUCUGUCAAUUAUCUGUUGAGGAAAUUGGGAAUUUGUCCAAAGACUUGGAGGGUCUCAUUUCCAAGCUUAUUCCAACUAUUGAGCUUUGUUGGAAAAUUCAUCAUCAGCUGGCAAAGACACUGACUCUCACAUCUACGGAAUGUUUCAUGUACUCAAGAUGCCUAUCUUCAAUUGCACAAAAAGUUUUGAUUUUUACAGGGGUUGAGAAGGUGAAUGUCCUUCCAUCUGAUUCAGUUGUCGAGUUCCCAGUUCAUUGGAGUAGUAGUCUCGAAGGACUUGCUGAGAUGAUUUUGGCACUACAAGAGAACCAUUGCUGGGAAGUUGCAUCAGUGAUGCUUGACUGUCUUCUUGGAGUCACCCAAUGCUUUUGUUUGGAUAAUGUGAUUGGGGCUGCGUGUUCUGCGAUAAAGAACUUUUCAGGCAGUGCACCAAAAAUUGCUUGGCGGCUUCAGACAGAUAAGUGGUUAUCAGUCUUAUUUGCGAGACACAUCCACAACCUUCAUGAAACUGAAGUUCCCCUGCUUAAUCUCUUCUCUUCCUUGCUUGGUCAUCCUGAACCAGAGCAACGCUUUAUUGCACUGAAGCACUUGGGUAAACUUGUGGGCCAGGAUGUAGAUGCUGGAGCGGGGUUGCUAUUUUCUGCAUCAUGCAAUAGAUUAACUUCACCUGACUUUGUGACUUCUGUUUCUGAGCUGAUUUUGUCUCCACUUGUCUCAAGUACAUGGGAUCAGGUAGCUGUGCUGGCCUCAUCUGACACAUCAUUACUUUUAAGGACAUGCGCAACGGCUCUUCUUAUCAAUUAUGUACCAUUUGCUGAGCGUCGCGAGCGACAAUCUCUUCUUGCAGCAGCUGAUAGAGUUCUUCAGGGUUUAACAAAACUUGCACACCCAAUGCCUGAAGGCUCCCUAACACAAAUUUCUUUAGCACUCAUUGCUAGUGUUUGUCUGUAUUCUCCAGCUGAUGAUAUUUCUCUGAUUCCUGAAAAUGUUUGGAGGGAUAUCGAAACAUUAGGAAUGUCAGAAACUGAUGGAAACUGUGGGAAUCUUGAGAAAAAGGCUUGUCAUGCUUUAUGUAGACUGAAAAUUGAAGGGGACGAGGCUAAAGAGAUCCUUAAAGAAGUGCUAUGUUCAAGUUAUUCCAAACAUGAGGACCCAGCUUUUACCAGCACACGUGACUCGAUUCUUCAGGUAUGGUAA